AUGACGCUCUACUACAGCCUGGUCUUCAUGCUCCUGGUGACGGAGAUGCUCAUCUUCUGCGCCCUCAUCGUCCCUCUUCCCUUCACAUGGCGCCGCAAGCUCUUCACCUUCAUCUCGGAGAGCCCCAUAAUAGCAAAGCUGCAAUAUGGCAUGAAGAUUACCUUCAUCUUCAUCCUGAUUCUGUUCAUUGACAGCGUCAACCGCGUAUACCGCGUGCAGAUUGAGCUUUCUGGCUCAGACGACAAUGGCCGCGGAGGAAACGUCGCUGCUGGAGGCAUUGAGCGCAUGGAGGUCCAGGCUCGCAAGUUCUACUCGCAGCGCAACAUGUACCUUUGCGGCUUCACCCUCUUCCUGUCGCUCAUCCUCAACCGCACCUACGUCAUGAUCCUCGAUGUUCUCCGUCUCGAGGAGGAGGUCAAGACCCUGAAGGGCGACCCCGCCACCAAGAAGGGCUCUUCCCUGAAGGAUGUUGGCGGUGCCGGCGAGGUUGGAGCUCUCAAGAAGGAGCUUGAAGCCAAGGACCGCGACAUGGCGAACCUGAAGAAGCAGGUCGAGAACAUGCAGAAGGAAUACAACCGCAUGGGCGACCAGGUCUCUGGCAAGCAGUAG